AUGGAACAGUACAUCAUCGAUCCACUAGGUGAUUCUCCGUCUGGGAGCGGAAGCGAGGAGGACUUUCUGCUGCCGCGAUCCGCCAAAAACACGAAGCUGGAAAGACCAUCCUCGCGGAGUCCACACCUGACACGAGCGGGAAGCGUCCCGAGUUCUCUGGAGGUUCCCUGGAAGAGAAGCCGCGAAUCGCGAGGGUAUCUCCAGCGGAAGCUUUCGCGGUUGAGAGAGCGGGCAGAACGGAAGAGCAUUGUGGCGGGGAAGCUGUCGAAACAGAACUCGGGAGACGAAACCGCUCCGACGCUGCGGCGGAGCACGACUCUGAUGCAGCACGUGGCUGCUCGGAGCAGAGCGUUCGUGGUGUACGCGAUCUCGAAGCAGGGUGUCGAGGAGUUCGUGUUUCAGAUCUGCGACUUGCUAGCUAAGAUUCACCAACACAGCAAAGAAGAAAAACCGCCCGAAACCUGCGAACUGGCACCAGGGGCCGUCAAGGUGAGAGACAUCCGCCUUUUCCUGUCGGCAGGAAGCGACGGGUCGUCGAUUAUCACGAGGAGAAACUGCCUGCUGGUUUCGUUGCCCUAUGUCCGCAUUGUCAUCUUGCACAGGCUAGUGUACAUGCUGCCUCUGGGGCGGGGCAAUUUCUCGCGAGAAGCGCGGAAAUUUGAGCAGACCGAGUGGCGGUGUGAACUGCUCAGACAGGGGCUGCUGAGCAGGGAGGAGGAUGAGGAAACGAAAAAGCCGAAUUCCGCGGGUGCCUCUCUAAUUCUCGGAGUCCCGAGUUCCGCGCAAGAUAAGUCCCGGUCCUCGGUGUUGUCGGUUUCGAGCGCCACAGCCGCAGACGUCGGGAACGGCGACGCGUCCCCGCCCACAGAAAUCGACUCGAGUCUCCUGGAAAAGCUGGAGCAACUAGUGGCUCUCAACUCCUCGACUCCUUUCGAGUAUCUCGCACUCGAAACCGCCAUCGUGGAGUCGCUAGAGGUGCUGUCGAGGCAGAGCAGGGAAAUGCGCCAGACCGCCGUGUCAAUCUGCGCCGACCUGCGCACUGGACGAGGCGUCAAUUCCUCGAUCCUUCUGAGCAUCAACAGCCUGCAAAAAAUGCUCAACACGAUCAAGUCGGAAGUGGCGGGCGUGUUAACCGCACUCAACGACGUCUUGGGAGACGACGAGUCGCUGCGGCGCAUGGCCAUCUCGCGGUUCUGGGAUACCCCCGAGUUGUGGGAAGACGAGAGCCGCGAAGCGCUCUCACACAGCACAAAGCGCGCCGUAAAGCACGAAAUCGAGAUGCUGCUCGGCUGCUACUCCCAGGAGGCCGACGCGAUGCUCAAGAACGUGAAAAGCAUCGACGAAUACAUCGAUGACUCUCUCGCGAUGAUUGAGCUGCACUUGGGGAUGCAGCGAAACUUCCUGUUGAAGACCGACGUGUGGAUGACGGCGCUCGCGACCAUCACGGGAUUCUUUGCCCUUGUCCCCGGGUUCUUCGGGAUGAACAUCCACCACGGCUUCGAGAACAUACCCUCCAGCGAAACGAUUUUCUGGAGCAUCAGUGCAGCGAUCUUCAUGGGAACCAUCAUCACGGGAAUCGUCGUCAGCUGGCUCCUCAGAAGGAUCCGGAUCUAGUCUCCCUGCUUCAGCAAAGGUCCCGGACACAGCGAAAAAGGAUAUUUUGUGACCAGAGAUUGGGGGGCUGACGGCCGUACUCCUCCAGGGACCUUGUUUUAUGGCCACUCUCCGGGAGCGAUGGUUCAACAAACAGCAGCCUCGUCUUGAAACAUCUCCGACGCAAGCCGCUGACACGUGAGUGGCGGUGGCCAGACUGUGGUGAUCGAAAGCUACUCUAACGAGCGUUUGGUCCGCCUCAUCACACGGCAAAGGAAGGGUGUCCACUUCCAUUGCCGCGACCACGUCUGUGGGAAAAUCAGAGGCGGUGACUAGAGCGCAAAGGAACGCAAAAGGGAAAUCGCUUUCUUGUCUGGUGUACAUAAAUCUCUGCUCGGGAGACUAUGUCUUCCGUAGCUUGAUUGCACUUGUCUUCCCAAACAAGAAAGACACCGACUAGUGGCCUCUUUGCGCCUGAUUUCAGAGAGCCACCUGU